GGGACAAACCGACCAAAACACAAUCUGUCACUUUUUUACAUUUCAGUCUUUUUGACGAUGCGACUGGUCCCCUACUUGUCACGCUCUACUUAUAUUUUCACAAGAGCAAACACACCAUUAUAUCGCUCCCGUCUUGGACUUGGCCGUGUCCACCAUUUUCAUAAUUUAACCAUGAGCGCACGGACAGUGACAUGUUCUGGGUCACUGGUUUUGACUAGACCAGGCAAACCCGCAUUUUCAACCGACGCACCCAAACAACCACCCACACCUGAGCAACUCGCUCAAGCACAUGUCAAAGCUACCACACAGGAUCCAAUAAUCAACAAACCGGAUCAGACGACACCGUUUCCGGUUUUCGCGACAGAGGGAGUGACGCCCAAACGGGCUGAGAAUGUCCCCAAGAAACCGACUCCAACGACUCAUCCACGGUUUUCAAGAGGAUGGUGGUGGGAUUGGGGUAUUGUGUUUUUGGUGUUUGCCAUUACGGGGAGUACGACAAUGCGGGUUGUGAGGCCCUUGGUGUCACAAUUGUUUGGUGUGGAGGGUACGUUUAUAGAUGGUCCGUGGGCGUACCGACUACUAUACCUCUCGACAACACUCCCACUCUACUCUCUCAUCCUCAUUGCAGUUGGAACGGCAUUUGGUCGUGGAGCCUAUUUUCGUGCUGUAGCAUAUAGAAUGUGGGGACGGUUCUUACCGAACCGAAAGCGAUAGUUUCAAAUUCUGUAUAUAUAUUCUGGCAACCACCAUAGAAGCACGGUACGGUAGAAUUCUGUACAUUAUUUACAUUUUUUUUUGAAAAAAAAAAAAAAAACAAGAUUGUCUCGUA